AUGGGCGGGUCAGGUUCCAUUAUCGUCGAGCUCCAGAUUAUCAACGAUCUCGGCGAGCGCCAGCCUCUAAUCCGUCGCUCAUUCAGAGAUCAGGAUCCCUCGCAACCCAACCCGCCUCUGUAUAGCUGUGUCUCCAACCCGCAUAGCCACCUCCCCGUCUACACCAACAUCCACAGGAUACGUCGAGACAUCAUUUCCGUUGUUGAAGACUAUUUAAGCCAGUCACAACUGAAUGACGUGCGUAUCAACAUUACCGUUGUCAGGCCCAUCGUGGACAAGCUGUAUGAGCUGGGCGACAUCUCUAUCGUGUACUGUUUGCUUGUAAACCGGGCCCAGUUUCUCCAUGAGCAAUCACACCUCAGUAACCGCCAGAAUGUCAACUUUAGUCGCGCUACAUUGUGUGAGCUCAUUGCAACGCGCAUUCUGAGGCGGUUUAGCGAGGAUCAUCACGGGGAUGACGAAAACGAAAGGCUUCUCGUACUCUCCCAUAUCCUGGUCGCCGGGUUCGAGCCAUUCCAAAAUGCCCCCGAAUCGCUCGACCCCUUGUCAAAAGUUACGGAUGCAAUCUACCGAGGGAAGGUCAUUUACACCCCGUCCGGCCUGCUAGACUUGAUCCCAGAUCAUUACAAACAGAAGCCGAUAUCCAUUUACGAUCCCCGAGGAGCGCCGCUGCUCAAUCAGUAUCGCCUCAUCGUGCCGAGGACCAGAAACAUCCUCGAAGUGAUUCAGUAUAUCACGCUAAUUGUGCUUUACGUGGCUUUCAUGACCGAAAAUGAUCCGUCAAGGGUGACUACGAUUGAGAUUUGCUUCUUGGUGUAUGCCUUUGGAUGGAGCCUAGAGCAGUUUGCGACUAUACUCGGUCAUGGAUGGCAUGUGUACACUCAAAACCUUUGGUCCUUCCUCGAUGUCGGUUUCAUUGCAAUCUUCGGGAGUUACCUAACGCUAAGAACAUAUGGUUGGUACUCUCACGACCCGGAGCCCGGCCGCCAGGCCAUUGACGUCAUGGCACUGGCUGCCCCGGUCGUCGUCCCUCGCCUGGCCUUUAACCUGCUGUCCGACAGUAUGGUGUUUCUAUCGCUACGGGCCAUGAUGGGCGACUUCGCCAUCUUGACCGCCCUUUCUGCGUGGUGUUUUGCGGGGUUCCUCAUCUCGCUACAGUGGCUUCAUCCAGACCCCGGGACCCACGAUCCUUUGACGACGGGGAAAUGGAUGCUAUGGAUAUGGUUUGGUCUUGACGGGACUGGUAUUCAACGAUCCACUGAGUUUCACUGGCUUCUCGGCCCAUGUCUCAUGAUUGCCUUCUCAUUUCUUGGAAACACGUUGUUUCUCACCAUCUUGGUCUCCAUCCUGUCCAACACGUUUGCUGCCAUUGCGCGCGACGCCGCAGCGGAGAUACAGUUUAGGAAGGCCGUGGUCACACUUGAGGGUGUCAAGAGUGACGCCAUCUUCGCCUACCAGCCGCCCUUCAACAUCCUUGCCGUCUUCGUAUUCGUGCCACUCAAGUUCAUUGUCAGUCCCCGCUGGUUCCACAAGAUUCACGUUGCCACGGUGAGGUUAGUCAAUUUACCGAUACUGUUGGCAAUCGCGCUCAUGGAGCGCCGGGUUCUGCGAACUCCGACUUUCGGAUCAAGUGCGCCACAAGCUAGCAUGCGCCGGCUCAGUCCCUCUUCUCAGUGGUUCUGGCGGCGAUGGAAUAUUGCCUCUAGACAGGAUAUUCGCGCAGUAUUCGACAUGCCGCCACCGGAUACGGUCGAGGAAGCCAUCGCCGCCGAUGACGAACUCACUCACCAUCUCCUGCUGAGGCAGUACACCCAACAACACCCAGACCCUCGCCGCAAGCUUCGGAGAAGGGAUUCGACGUACCCCGGGCUUGCGCCCAAUAUGAGAGGUUCGGUGGAGGACUCGGAAGAGGCCCUCGACAUAUCCGACAUGGACACGCGCCUUGAUGCGCUCGAAGCUACAACCGCUCGAAUCGAGAGGCUUCUCGAGAGGCUGUGUGCUCAGGAAGAAAAAAGAGGAGGAUAA